AUGAACGGGGGAGAAGGAAGAAGGAGUAGAGAAGCAGUAAGAAACAGUAUUCGAUCGUACGGUGUCAAAGUCAUGGAUUCUGCUUCUCUACCAUUGAAAAAAAACACGAAACAAACGGAAUCGCAGGAAAGCGUGAGCAGGUUUUCGGAAAAAUCAUUGCAUUCCCAAUACGAUAUUCGGGAAGGUUCGUGCAAGGAAAUUGUUUUACGCAUACCCUACGGAUCCCUGUUCGGUACUUUCCUAUGCAUUUUGGGACUCGUGUUGGCUAUAAUCAGUUUCACGAGGAUCACGUCCUUGGAAGAAAUGAUGUAUAAAGACGUUUUGAAACGAGAUCCGGAACCAGAACUUGUUCGACAGAUAUAUUCCAUCGUCACGUACACGUUGACGGGUGCGUUAGCCAUAUUGUCAUUGAUAAUUGGAUUUUUGUCGACCGGAGACACGAGAGCCGAAGUUCACAAUACGUGGAAAGCAAAACUCGGUGGAAGGAUAACGUGCGGAAUCUUGUUGUUCGCAUCGUUCGUUCUUCUUUUCUCGUGGCUUAUGGGAUGCUUUUACACGGGAUGGGGAUUCAACAUGCAUCGAAUAGAUCGUGACAAUUGCGAUGCAUACACGAAUGACAAAUCAAGAUGUCUUCCGAUUCCAUUUGAGACGGACAAAAGAAGGAGAGAACUUUGCGAUGGUCAAGAGAUAAAAAAAUUUUGUAAAGACUACACCGAGAAAGCAUUGAACAGUUUCGCCAUAUUUGGAUGCGGAAGUUUGUUCGUCACGAUCAGCAUGUCAAUUUUCAUUUGUUGUUUGGCCGCGAAUUACACGAUGAUACGUUUGGAAUCCAAACUCCAAGAAUUGGAAGAACUCGGACCUCGGAGGUUCUAG